CUUUGACAUGUUUGUGCUCCGACUGCAAACAAGCAAACUCCACGUGUGAAACAGACGGCGCGUGCAUGGUCUCGGUCUUCAACCUGGAUGGUGUUAAACAUCACGUUCGGACCUGCAUCCUGUUUCCUGCUGGGAAACCCUUCUAUUGUCUGAGUUCAGAAGAUCUGCGUAAUACUCACUGCUGCUACUCUGAUUUUUGCAACAAAAUUGAUUUAAUGGUUCCCAGUGGACACCUGAAAGAUAACGAACCCCCGUCGAGCUGGGGUCCUGUGGAGCUAGUGGCAGUGAUUGCUGGACCUGUCUUCCUUGUGUUUGUUGUCAUGAUCAUAGUAGUCUUUGUUUUUCAUCACCACCAACGAGUCUACCACAAUCGUCAGCGGCUGGACAUGGAAGACCCCUCUUGUGAAAUGUGCCUGUCGAAGGAUAAGACCUUGCAAGAUCUAGUCUACGAUCUCUCCACCUCUGGCUCUGGCUCAGGUUUGCCGCUUUUUGUCCAGCGGACUGUGGCUCGGACAAUUGUCCUUCAGGAGAUCAUUGGUAAAGGCCGCUUCGGGGAAGUGUGGCGUGGCAGGUGGCGCGGAGGUGACGUAGCUGUAAAAAUCUUCUCUUCACGUGAGGAGCGUUCCUGGUUUAGGGAAGCGGAAAUAUAUCAAACCGUUAUGUUGCGACAUGAGAACAUCCUGGGAUUUAUUGCGGCAGAUAACAAAGAUAAUGGAACAUGGACUCAGCUGUGGCUUGUCUCUGAUUACCAUGAGCACGGAUCUCUCUUUGACUACCUGAAUCGAUACACAGUGACUAUCGAGGGGAUGAUCAAGCUCGCCCUGUCCGCUGCUAGCGGGCUGGCCCAUCUACACAUGGAGAUUGUGGGUACUCAGGGAAAACCUGGGAUUGCUCACAGGGACUUGAAAUCCAAGAACAUCUUGGUGAAGAAGAAUGGCACGUGUGCCAUCGCUGACCUUGGUCUGGCCGUCCGGCAUGAUUCGGUUACGGAUACGAUUGAUAUUGCACCGAAUCAAAGGGUUGGAACCAAACGAUACAUGGCCCCUGAAGUCUUGGAUGAAACCAUUAACAUGAAGCAUUUUGAUUCAUUUAAAUGUGCCGAUAUCUAUGCCUUGGGCUUGGUCUACUGGGAGAUUGCUCGAAGGUGCAACGCAGGAGGUAUCCAUGAAGAGUAUCAGCUUCCGUACUAUGACCUUGUGCCCUCUGAUCCUUCUAUUGAGGAGAUGCGGAAGGUCGUAUGUGAUCAGAAAUUACGGCCUAAUAUCCCGAACUGGUGGCAAAGCUACGAGGCACUACGGGUGAUGGGUAAGAUGAUGCGAGAGUGCUGGUACGCCAACGGAGCGGCUCGACUCACCGCCCUCCGCAUUAAGAAAACCCUCUCACAGCUCAGUGUCCAGGAAGAUGUGAAAAUCUAG